UUUUGUGUCAAAACUGUCAGUGUUCGUGAAAAGCAGUGAAAAGUUACUAGAGACCAGAAAAACCUACCUGCAAGAAAAUGCAUGUGGACCUGGCGCCGCAUUUGCACACGGAAAAGUGCAACGAACUUAUCAACCUGCUCCAGAACUGCCACAACGAUCAUCCGAUGCUAAAAUUUUUCGGUUAUUGCAACAGUUUCGACAGCGACAUGAGGAAGUGUUUGAAAGCCGAACGUUUGGCACGUACGAAGAGGAAUUUCGAGAAGUCUAAGGAGAUGAAGGGAAAAAUGAGGAAACUGUGGGAACGAGAUGCUGCCGAUGGAGAGAAACUUUAGUUUCGUUUAUUUGUUGAACCACGCUGUGAUAUUAGGUUUUUUGUGUUAAAUUAUUGUAACGGUAUCACAACUUGUGUUACAUAAUUUUUAGAUAAUAAAUUAUUUGUAAUAUA